UCUUGCUGGCCAUGGCAACCUCGUCCUAUCCAUUUGUUUGGAUAAUUUGUGUCCAGCCAGUCUCUGACACUUCUCCUGAAAUGGGCAGGGCAGCCAUCAUGUUGGAACCACAUGUCCCUGAUCAAGUUGAGUGGCAGAUCAUCCAGCAAAUCACUCAAGUCUCCUCUCAAAAAAUUUUCGUAACUUUCCCCAUUUAGAUUGUUCGGGAGAAAGUAAGGACCAAUCAAAUGAUUGGAGAUAAUACCCAUCCACACAUUCACGCUGAAUCUUCGUUGGGAACCCUUCACUCUUUUCUUAUUGGGAUUCCUAAGUUCUUUUGGGGCCCAGUAAUGCGCGUUGUGAUAAUUAGUUAUGCCAUCUUUAUCAAAUUUGGAUUCAUCUAUCCACAAGAUAUUUCUUAGAAAAUCUGGGUCUUCUACGUCAGCAUUUAGCAUAAAUCUGCAGAAGUCCAACCUUCUCGCGGGGUCUCCUUCUUCAAUAGUGUGUACCGGCGUGUAAUGGUACGGGUAUAGGCCAGCAGUAUGCACUGUAAACCACACUCUCAAUUGCGAAAGUCCCAGAUCACGGGCAACAAUAUUAGUGGAAGUAGUCGGAUCCGCUCGAAAGCGUUGCACUAUCUCAUUGUCCUGUUCUUCGUCGUCAUUAAUUCGUGGUCUGCCCAUGUCUGUAUUUCGUCUCAAAAUAGAGCCAGUUUCUCGAAGUCUCCGAUAAACUCUGUCAAAAACAGCCACAUCCGGCACUCGACGACCGGGGAAUCGAGCUAUGUAUUCGUUGCGAGCUUGCGCAGACACACAAUCGCAGUAUCCGUAACAAAGAAGCAUAUAAGCAUAUUCCUCAGGAUGUCUUGCCGCCAGGCCCUCCUUCUUUCUUCGUCCAAUUGUCAUGGAUAUUCACUCCUAGAAUUUGCUAAGGAAGAAAUUUGUUUGUUCCUUAAAAAGAAUGCUGUGAAUGAAAUUAUUUUCGUGCCCUACGCUCAGAAUGAUUUCAACGGAUAUACUCACAAGAUCAAGUCGGUUAUUGACCCUUGGGGCUACAAAGUCACUGGUCUCCAUACUUAUCCAGACCCUGCCAAUGCUGUAAUGUCAUCAAAAGCAAUAUUUGUGGGUGGAGGCAACACAUUUAUGCUUUUAAAAAGGUUAUAUGAGGCCAAUUUAGUAAAUCUAAUCAAGUCAAGGGUAUUCGAGGGGCAUUUAUUGUACAUAGGCAGCAGUGCAGGCACGAAUGUGGCCACAAAGAGUAUACACACAACUAAUGACAUGCCUAUAAUAUAUCCUCCAUCUUUUGAGGCAAUUGGAAUAGUGCCCUUUAAUAUAAAUCCACAUUAUAUUGACAUAGUGGAAAGUGUGACACACAAAGGUGAAACUAGAGACCAGAGAAUUAUAGAGUACCUUGACAUGCCCCAUGCUGCACCAGUGUUGGGUUUGAAGGAAGGAGCAAUUUUGAAUGUUAAUGGAAACACACUUAAAAUCACAGGUGUAGCUGGUGCUGUUAUCUUUAAUAAGGAUAAAACUAAAACUGAAGUUCCUGUUGGUACCGAUGUAUCUUUCCUGCUAAAUGAAUAAAGGGCAACUGGGUGUUAACUAUAAUUAUGCAUUAUAUAUAAACUACACAGGUUAUUUUUAAACAAAUCAAUUUAGCUUAUAACUAUAUUUUUCCACAUGAUACUUACAUAAU